AUGGAACUAUUGAUAUUAGAAGAAGUGACGACAACAGGGUGUUUGUUUUCUGUCAUUAUUCCAUCUAUUUGUCCACUAAUCUUACUGCUGCUGUCAUGGAAGUUGUGGUACGUUUAUUAUAACGUCUCUAAAGACCCACAACUGUCCCUUCCAUUACCCCCUGGAAGUCUUGGAUUCCCUCUUGUAGGCGAAACGCUAAGUUUUAUCAUGUCGGGUGCGCAGUUCUUCAAAAACAGGAAGAAGUUUUAUGGUAAUGUGUUUAAGACACAUUUAUUGGGAAAUCCUACCAUUAGGGUAUCUGGUGCCAAAAAUGUCCGAAAGAUAUUGUUAGGAGAAAAUUCGCUGGUUACAACUUACUGGCCUACCAGUGUACGGAUGCUAAUGGGAGAUGGAGCCAUUUCGCACGCAAUUGGCGCAACCCAUCGGAUGAGACGGAAAGCAUUGCUGAAAGCCUUCAGUCACGACGCUUUGACGUCAUAUGUACCUAUCAUACAAGAAGUCGUUCAACAAUUUAUUCAGAAAUGGUGUCGUGAAGGUUACGUGUUUGGUUACCCAGAAUGCAAGAGGAUGGCCUUUAAAGUUGCUUGUCGUGUUUUGGUUGGAUUCAAUAUGCCAGCACCAGAACAUCAGAAGUUAUUAACAGUAUUCCAUGUUUUCCUGGACAAUCUCUUCUCUUUACCCUUCAACUUACCUGGAUCGGGACUUUCAAAGGGAAUGAAAGCCAGAAAGAUUUUGUUAGAGCGUAUUGAAGAAUGUAUUCAACAGAAACAAACUCAAGAGAAUGAUUCUGGUUUUAAUGACGCCAUGAAAUUAAUGAUGGAUAUGGAAGGAGAUGAAAAACUUAAUCUUGAAGAACUCAAGGAUGUGGGCUUAGAAUUAUUGUUUGCUGGCCAUGCUACUUGUGCUAGUGCUGCAGCUUCCCUUCUGUCACAGUUGGCUAAAAAGCGAGCUGUUGUCGAUAGAAUAGCAGAUGAAUUAAAACAACACGGCCUUGAGGAUGAUCGUAGUAAACUUAGUUAUGACGUAAUAAAUAAACUAUCUUUUGUAUCGAACGUGGUGAAAGAAACACUGAGAAUUUCUCCACCAGUUGGAGCUGGUUUUAGAAAAGUUAUAAAGUCGUUUGAAUUGGAUGGCUAUCAAGUUCCGAGAGGAUGGACUUUAGCUUAUAGUAUACGCGAAACACAAGAGGCAGCAGAAAUGUUUAGUGACGGUGAAAAAUUUGAUCCUGAUCGGUGGAAUCAAAUCAAAGACGAAAAGUUCCAUUAUCUGCCGUUUGGUGCUGGCAGUAGGGCUUGUCCUGGAAAAGAACUUGCAAAGUUAAUUCUUAAAAUAUUUGCCAUAGAAUUAUCACGAAGCUGUACGUGGAAAUUGCUGAACGAAUCUGCUCAAAUUAACUAUUUGCCAGUUCCACAUGCAGCAGACGGCCUUCCUGUAGAAUUCUCACAAAUUAUUACCAACAGACCACGUGCUUUCACCAUCUAAUGUCCACCUUCUGAUAGAGUUCCAAAAGCAAAUAUUAUAUGUCGGUUUAUUUAGACCGGAAAUCCCUUUUUAUGGGAUUAUAGGCCUAAUG